GUUUAAUGGGGAGACCUCGGUGUGUUGACAGUUCUUCAACUAUACGUCAUAAAUAUCUAUCGUGGGUAGUACACAAUUUUUCGUUUCCUGGAUGAAGUAUCUUCCGAUGUUGGGCCUCCUUUCGAACCUGCCGUUUCCUCGAUGAAAGUCGAUGGAACUCUCUAAGAGAUUUGCCACCACGAGUCCAUAGUUUCGUUUAUCGUUGGACCUUCGGAUCGACGAGUCGAUUGUCCUUCUAUCUGCUGAUGUGAUUGCAGAUCGUCCCAAGCAGAGCUGUACAUCCCAGCUCGAACAGAGACACCUGGAUACGCCAGUGAGCGCCAUGUGUCGGCCGCUGCCAACUUGGAUGUCAAUGUCGACAUGGAAACUAAGUGCUGGAAGUGCACGGAACCACGGGACUUUGAUGUAACCAUUAAUGAAACUUACCUACGACGGUUUGGUGGAGAUGUCGGAGGAGGAGUGUGGACGAGAGGGAUGGGGUUAGAAGGAAGUCAUCGACGAAGGGUCAAAUCCAAGUCCCUUGCACUAACUGACGGCCGUUAAUAGACCUCAAAAUUCCGUGUCCGGUUGUUGGUUUGGUCAUCGUCAGUAAAACACGCGUGAUUCAACGAACCCUAAUGUGUUCCAUCUUUUGUUUCCUCGAGUGUGCAAAUCAGUGCUUCGACUUUGUGUAUACGAUCCGAAGUCUCGAUUGCUGUAAAAAUGUUGCCGUCACUGGGUGCAUGUGAUGUUUCUUCCUUGGUUCUUUGCGUUUACAAAUAAACUGUUGACUUUGCUCCGAUUCAUCGGUUAUUUGAUAUCGAAGCCGUGGGAUGUAUUCAAUAUCUUUGUAUGUUUUAGUUCGAAUCGUGAAAUGUGGUGUUCUUAUUUGCGUCUGUUGGAUCAUCAGUCUUCCACUCCUCCUGAUUCGAAUAUCUCGUCCUGCUCAAUUUCGAGGAACCACCGUCAGAAUAUCUUCUGGUGAUGAAUUCUUUGUGCCAAUGAUAUAGAGAAGCACAUUUUGCUUCAUUUACAGGGAAGAUUUUCCUGUGUGUCAUUGAGAAAUUCCUUAUGUUGUCUGACCUCAUUCCCGUGAAUCCCAUGAACUCUUUCUGGGAUAGAUUGUGUUCUCGAUGCCAAUGUAUGGUAAAGGCGCAUGGAUUUGAGGAAGAAUCGAAGAAAGGACCCAGGUUUCAAGCCGUUAUCAAUGCAGAGCAGCAGGAGAGAAAAAUGAAAGAAUUGGAGAAGAAGAUUAAGAAAGCCGAACUUGAAGAAAGUCUUCUGCGGGAACAGUUACAGUUUCUGCAAUCAUGGGACCCAUUUGUUAUGAGUCCUGCUUGUACUGACGUCCGCUUGCAAGCUGCAGGACACGUCGUCUAUGCCCACAAAGCUGUUCUUGCUGGAAAGUCUGAUGUGUUUGGGAAGAGGUUAAGGUUUAACGUAGCACAGUUGACUGAAGCAAAGACUGGUGUAGUAGAAGUGAACGUGUUGCCAGAUGUGUUAGACUCUUUUGUUCGCUAUUUCUACACAGGUGUUGUUAGCCCCAGUGACCUGAAAAACUAUGCCUCAGGACUGCUCUCUGCAGCAGACAGAUACAAUGUGCAAUCUCUGAGUUUACUAUGUCAACGUUUUAUAGCUAAAAACCUGACAAUUGAGACUGCUCUCAGCACUUGGGAGAUUGGCUACGACUAUGGCUCCGACAUUAUUAAACAAGCUGUCAUAGAUGCUCUCUCCAAUGACAUCAAGGACAUUUUGAACUUGACAGAGUACAAGAGUUUUAGGGCUACCAAGGAUCCGGAACUUCUAGUGGAUCUAUUUGAAUCGUUAGUAAAAAAAGCGCUGUGACUAAAAUCAGGUAGGCUCCCGAAUAUCGCUACCUUCUGUAUUUCAUGGGUAAGCAGCUUCUGAUUUUGUAUAUAUGCCAAGCGGUUUUACAAGUGGAGUACUUAUAUUUUGGUUCAGUGGGCGUGCCAGGAUAGUUUGUAGUCCGUAUACAUACUAUUUAUGUAUUUAAUUAUUCCUCGCAUGCACGUAACUAUUAAUGUCAAAUCU